GGUGGAGGUCGCGGUGGUUUCGGUGAUCGAGGCGGCCGAGGCGGUCGCGGUGGUGCUCGCGGCGGCGCUGGUGCCAAGGGCGGUGCCAAGGUCAUUGUUGAGCCUCACCGUCACGCCGGAGUCUUCGUUGUCCGUGGAGGCAAGGAGGAUGGUCUUGCCACCCGCAACAUGGCCCCUGGCGAGUCUGUCUACGGCGAGAAGCGCAUUUCUGUCGACGAGUCGGUUCAGAACGACGACGGCACCACCACCACCACCAAGAUCGAGUACCGCAUGUGGAACCCCUUCCGAAGCAAGCUUUGCGCUGCUAUCGCCGGUGGUGCUGAUGAGAUCUAUGUCAAGCCUGGCUCUCGCGUGCUCUACCUUGGUGGUGCCUCUGGUACCUCCGUCUCUCACGUUUCCGAUAUCGUUGGCCCUACUGGCUACGUUUACGCCGUCGAGUUCUCUUCCCGAUCCGGUCGUGAUCUUAUCACUAUGGCCUCAAAGCGACCCAACGUCGUCCCCAUCGUUGAGGACGCCCGCCAGCCUGCCCGUUACCGCAUGAUCGUCCCCAUGGUCGAUGUCAUCUUUGCCGAUGUUGCUCAGCCCGAUCAGGCCCGUAUCGUCGCUAUGAACGCACAGUGGUUCCUCAAGGUCGGCGGUGGUAUCCUCAUCUCCAUCAAGGCCAACUGUAUCGACAGCACUGCUCCCGCCGCCGAGGUCUUCGCCAACGAGGUGCAGAAGAUGCGUGCUGAGGCUAUCAAGCCCAAGUUCCAGCUGACUCUGGAACCUUUCGAGCGUGACCAUUGUUUGGUUGCCGGCGAGUACACUCGCUACAAGUCCUAAACUGGCUGCCAGUUGGUUUGGAUGAGAUGGUCUGCUUUGGUUGCUGUUUUCCCAGGUUUCUCACGAUUCCCGGUAGAUUCAUGUGCGUCUUACAGCUUGUGCAUCAGGGAAAUGGUUGACGGCUUCUUCACAACGGCGAGGGGCGUUCCGGGUGGGUUGGAUCUGUACAUAUGUUAUUCUUUGGCGUAAUGGCCAAAUCUAAAAAAGGAUCUCAAUCGUGUUUGUCCAAAAGAACCUCCUCGCCCCCAUUCGCCAGUCGAUCAGCAAAGAGAUGCGACGCUACGGCACAGUCACCGGUCACGUCUGCGCGUUCCACGACUUUUAUACCCAUAUGAUUGCCACGCCCGGAGUCUUUUUUUGCUGUACCCUGUUUACGCUAUAGUCGAGUACUUGAGUAAUGAAUUCUUUGGUUUAAAAUUACAUCAAGAUUUGUAUCAAGGUUGUCGCAG